ACUAGUGUAGUCUUAUCUGUUUCCAAGUUACUCUGGAGUUCCUCCUUAGAUAGCGAAUGGGCGGAUGCAAGUGGAGUCGCCACUAUAUAAACUGGAUUGACCACCAGAUCUGGUCUCUGUAGAGUUUAACGGCGCGAGUCCUGCUUUAAACGGAAGCUUCUUCUUUUUGCAGCUGUGAUUUCAUAAGUAGUUCCACAGAGGGUUAAACGGACAGCUCCGAAAUCACCGUCAAACAUGAAUAAAGAGGACGACAUGAAGGACGUAGAACUGAACGAGAUGGAUCAGGAAAAACUGCCGAUGACCGGAGAAAGUCUGACAGGCACGGAAAAAAAUGGCUCCGUAAAGGUCAAAGUGCCUGAGGACACAGAAGUCAAAUUUACGGGCCUCUCAAAAGAGGAGUUAAUGAAAGUCGCCGGUACAACUGGGUGGGUUCGGACUCGUUGGGCUUUGCUGGUUCUGUUCUGGCUCGGCUGGGUCGGCAUGUUAGCUGGAGCAAUAGUGAUCAUAGUACAGGCUCCACGCUGUAAACCCAUUCCUGAGAUGAACUGGUGGAACGAAGGUCUCCUGUACCAGAUAUCUGACGUGAACGCUUUCUCUGACAAUGGACUGAAAGGAGUGGAGGAGAAGCUAGACUAUCUGAGCCAGAUGAAGGUGAAGGGGCUUGUUCUGGGUCCGAUACACACUGUGCAAGCAGACCAGCCAAGCACACUGGAACUAACUGCCAUUAACCCUGAAUUUGGCUCUAUAAGCGAGCUGACUUCUCUGUUGGAACGAGCACAUAGAAAAGGAAUCUCCAUAGUGCUGGAUCUAACACCCAAUUAUGAAGGAGUUUCAGCCUGGUUCAACAGUGCUGCUACUGUUGCUGAGCGACUCAAAGAAGCAUGCGUAUACUGGCUCAGUAAGGGGGUGGAUGGCAUCAUCCUGUCUCAUCUGAACGACAUCGCAAACACCGAAGCCUGGCCGUCUAUUCAAGGCAUAUUCAACCAAACUGACGACACCAAAAAAACAGCUCUGAUGGGAUCAGUCACCGGUCUCUCUGUGGAGGAAGUCUCUCUCCUGCUGAACCGCUCAGGUGUUGACCUGCUCCUGACUGAACUGGCUGCUCCGGCCGGGUCCGGCGUGAGACAGGCACAGGCGAUACAGAAGCUGUACUCUGGUCACCUGCAGACGAGUCUGGGCUGGAGUCUGAGUGGACGGUCUCUGGGAUCUCCAGCAGUGCCAGUGAGGCUCUUUCACACACUGCUGUUCACACUGCCCGGCACUCCUGUGUUCAGCGCUGGAGACGAGGUCGGACUCAAGGCAGGGGAGAAGAUUCAAGCAAUGUGGGACUUGGAAAGUAAAGCAGAAGAUGCCAAUGUAACGGCAAAGGCUGUACAGGAAGAGCACACCACAUUGCGUGGCUUCUUCAAAGCGCUCAGUGAUCUGAAAGGAAAAGAGCGAUCGCUUCUCCACGGAGAAUAUGUCAGUCUUUACAGUUCAGCCACUUCAUUAGCAUUUCUCCGCCUUUGGGAUCAGAGCGAACGCUUCCUGGUCGCCUUAAACUGGGGAAAUGACUCGGUCACCAUGACUCUGACCAAUAGUGACCUGCCGGCUCAAGCUCGGGUCCGUGCCACCACAGAUGCUGAGAAUCUAGCCGUGGAUCGCAAGGUGUCGGUAGAGAAGCUAGAGCUUGGGCCCAAACAGGCUGUUCUGUUGUCUUAUCCUUAUCCUGGUUAGACACACACACACACACAGACAGUCCUUAAUGUCUCAGAUCAGAGUCAACACUGUGCACAUGUUUGGAAAGACUUUGUCUAUUGAGUAGAAAAGUUUAUAUUGAAGUUAUAGGAAUGAUUUUAGGGGGACUAAUUUUGAAGCAAUGAAAAGCCAAUUGUCACAGUUGUUGUAGAAUAGAGGAUGAUCUCCAUACAGAGACAUGUAGAUCUAAAACCCCUGCUAUAAUAAAAAACUAAAAAUGG